GGCAAGAUGGAAGCACACGACGAGGUACGGAGCUCAACUUCAGGCUCACUCAACAACGAGGACGGAGACGCAUUCACCCUGACUUUGGAGCCUCUCGAUGAGGCCAGAGCCAUGAAAUUUGUUCGUAGCCCGUCGGCUGGUGCGACUUGCAUGUUCGUCGGCACGACGCGGGACACAUUUCAAGAAAGGACAGUCAACAGACUAGAGUACGAGGCAUACUCCAAGCUGGCGCUCAAAACGAUGCGAUCAAUUGUGCAAAAGGCGCGCAGCGGCCAGUUGCAACCCACUGUCGAAGGCAGAGACCUCCCAUCUUCUGAUCGCCUUCUUCAUGGGCAAACGGUGACUCGAAUAUACAUGAGUCAUAGACUAGGUGUAGUGCCCGUGGGCGAGAGCAGCAUUGUCAUUGCCGUAUCAAGUCCACAUCGGCGAGAAUCGUUCGAAGUUGCUGAGUGGCUGUUGGAACAGGUCAAGCGCGAAGUCCCUAUUUGGAAACGCGAGGUGUAUGCAGAAGGGCAGCGUGAUCUAGCAAGUGGCAGCCAGUCGACAUGGAAGGCUAAUUUCCCUACAGCCGCUUAG